AUAAUUAUUGGCACGUAGAUUUUUUUUUUUUAUAAUUUUGGUCCAAUUUUGGUCCAUUUUGGUCUGUCAAACGCUGUCAAUUGAUUUUGACAGCUGUUCCAAUUGAUUUAUUUACUUUAUCAUCUCUACGAUUUUUUAAAUAAAAGUACGAGAAAGUUUGGAUAUAUCAUAAAAAAUUAUAGUAGUUUUGUUCAAGUAUUAUGGCUCCACCACCAGUAGUAACUGGUAUAUCUCCGAAGGAAGGUCCUCCGGGGACAAGAGUUACCAUCCGCGGAGAGUUUUUGGGUGCUAGUGCUACAGACUUAAUCGGUCUGAAGAUAUGUGGCUGCGACUGUUUGUUGUCGGCCGAGUGGAAGAGCAAGAACAAGAUUGUGGCCCGUUCGGGACCCUGCAAGGGCCGCGGAGACAUUAUCGUUACUACCAGAUCAGGUGGAGAAGGAACCUCUACUGUCCAGUUUAGAGGUUACCAUGAGUCAAUAGGGCCAGUGAAGGAGAGUGCAGUGUGGGUGGAAGAGGCAGCCCCUCCAUCAGUGCCAUGGGGCAGACGACCUAUGUCUCCUACUGCCUACACACCUCCAGAUCCCUUAGGGCUGUCUACUGAGGGGGAUGACUGCAAGUUUCCUGAAGAAGAACUCAAUGAGCUUUUCCCCGAUGGCUCUGGCAAGUUGUCUGAUGACAACUUCCAGCCGGGCUGGUAUCUACUGGAGCAUCACAGCAACACCUCAUUUGAAGACCUUAGAGCUGGAAUGGUGUUCUUACAGAGAAAGGUGGAGAGUCAGAAAGAAGGGCAGUUGAGCUUCCUGAAAGCCAACACGGGCGCUGUGAUGGACCAGCUGGACCGACUUGUACUCCUCAAGAACAUGUUUGAAGAGGACCAGAGGAAAAAUGGCAAGGAGCCGCUACCUAGCCUGCAGGCUGCCAUAGAAGAAUCAAUUACAUUAGCCGACUCGCUAUUCUCUGAGAUCCUGUCUCGUAAGGAGAACGCAGACAAGACUCGUGAGGCGCUGUCCCUCCUCACGCGACACAAGUUCCUCUUCCAACUGCCCGCGUCUAUCGACAAGAACAUCCGCAAGAAGGAGUAUGACUUGGUGGUCAAUGAUUACACCAGAGUCAAGAAUCUCUUUGGGAAUACUGAUGUCAAGUUAUUUCAGAAGAUAUUAGCCGAGAUUGACAAGAAGAUAGAAGACUUGAAGGAGAAGCUGCACACUCGGAUGAAGACCAUGCCCAUCAAUGUGCAGGAGCAGACCAAAUACAUUAGACUGUUGGUGAGCCUCAACUGGGAGGGCGACGCGGCGUGGACAGCGAUCACGAGCCGCAAGGACUACCUGCUCGGCUUGUUAGACAAGGUCAAGGACCAUUUCAAGCAGAAGGAGGACCAGGAAAAUGCUGAUAAGGGCAAGCGCAAGUCGAAGGCGGAGGCGGAGGGCGCGGGCGCGGGCGGGUGGAGCGGCACGCGCGCGGCGUGGUGCGGCGCGGCGUGCGCGGCGCUGGCCAGCGAGCUGGCGGCGCUGUGGCCGCUGGCGCGCCGCUACUGCGCCGGGGACCUGGCCGGCGCGCCCAACGCGCCCGGCAGGCACGCCGAUCUCAAGGAGAUGAUAAUAAAGGCGGUGUCGCUGUUCGCGGAGCACAUGCGCGCCUGCCUGAUGGGAGGCAGCGGCGGCGCGGCCCCCGGCGCCGUGGACGCGCGGCUGGUGGCUAACUUGCGGCAUUUGCGGGAGGCCUACGACUCGCUGCUCAAGCUUGAUCUGCCUUCACAGCCGCUGAGUAUAGUGGAGCAGGUGAUAUUCGAGUACCGCGUGCACGGCAUGUCGGUGUUCCUGGCGCGGGCGCUGCGCCGCGUCAAGGCGCUGCCGGAGCACGAGGACUGGAAGAUCGAGGAGUUCUCCGACUACGGCGCCAUCACCUGCCUCCCGCGCCUGCUGGACACGUACCUGAGCGAGGCGCUGUCGUCCACCCACAAGUGCGUGGUGUGGGGCGGGCGGCGCGAGGGCGCGCUGCUGGCGCCGGGCGGCGCGCCGGCCGCCGCGCUGCAGCGCCACGUGCAGCACGCGCUGCUGGCCUACGCCGCCGCGCUCAGGGGGCUCGCGCUCACGCACAGCGACGACACGGACUUCAGCAACACGAGCCUGUCGGUGGCGCUAGACCAGCGCCUGGAGGAGGCCCAGCCGGCGGAGGGCGCGCGCUCGUGGCAGCAGCGGCUGCUGAUAGCCGGCGCCAACGCGCAGUACACGCGCCGCAUUGGAUUGCCGCGCAUCGCUGACAUGUUCGACAGUUACGAAUUUCCAAAACCGACGCAAGCGCUUCAAGCCGCCAGAGAGGCAUUGAGUUCGCUCGAGACAACGAUAGCGGAGACAUAUUUAGAGCACAAAGGGGACCCUCUGGUGGGCACGAUUGAGCCCAGCAUGUACAUGGGCCGGCAUAAGAUUGACUCCGACGCGUUGGUCGACGAUGCCAGACCGUAUGUCUAUGAGAUCAUCAAUAAUCUCAUUGCGGUUCAUGCUGAGGUGGACAGCGUGUGCGGGCCGGCGUCGUCCCGCUACGUGCGCGACAUCUGCGAGACGGUGUGCGAGGAGCUGGCGCGGCUGGCGGCGUGCGCGCCCGCGCCGGCCCGCGCGGCCGCCUUCCGCGCGCGCCUCGAGUACACGCUGCUGCGGCUCGCCUGCGCCGACCACCUCACGAGGAAGGCCGAAAACUACCUUGUAGAGGCUUUAGCGGGGCUGCCACCAUUGACAACGGACGAAGAAAAGAAACAUAUGGACAAACUGGUGGCUGGCUUCAAGAAGCGGAUGGACCUGCAGCUGGCUUCCCUCAACUGCAAUAUGGAGACCGUCUGACAUCCAUAUAUUCAUUAUUUUUAAUACCAUAAGCUUUAACUUAUUAUACACUAAGUGUUUGUAUCGAGUACUACGAUAGUAUUAUUUUAUUCAGUUAUAUGAUGAUGAGAUAUGAUAGUAAUUAUUUUUGUUCGUGUUUAUGAAGAAUAAUGGAUAUAAAAGGUGUAAGAUAAUGUCGCAGAUUGUUAGUAAGACCGAAGGUAUGUACAGUGAAUGAUAUUUUUAUAGAAACUAAAAAUUGAUCAAUACAAUUAUAUUUAUCAAAUUAUAUUUAAAAAUGUAUAAAAUAAAAUAUAUUGUAGAAAAUAAAUACCAUAUUUUACGUAACAUUUU